ACCGGAAAUACGCGGACUCUGCCGCCUCUGCCAAGAUGUCUGCGCCUGAUGAAGACACGUUUGCCGAGGAAGGAGGCGAGCUGGAGGAGAUGGACGAAGCUGGCAGCGAUGAUGAUGAAGGGGUAGAGAUGGAGGACGAAGGAGCGGGCGGAGAGGGGGAGAGGAAAGUGUACGUGCCCGGGAUCGAGCCGCUUAGGCCCGGAGAGGAGCUGGAGAUGGACCGGUCUGCGUACCGCAUGUACCACGAGUGUCAAACAGGUGCUCCGUGUCUGAGCUUCGACGUCCUGAGAGAUGCCGAUGGGGAAAGCAGGGAGCAGUUCCCUCUGUCCAUGCUGCUCUGUGCGGGCACACAGGCGGACACAGCCCUGAGUAACAGACUUCUCGUCAUGCGCAUGUACAACCUUCACGGAACGGAGAAGGUAAAGGAGGGGGAAGAAAGCAGUGAUGACGAAAGUGAUGACGAGGAGGAGGAUGAAGACAAGAAGCCACAGAUGGAACUGGCCAUGAUGCCUCACUACGGAGGGAUUAACAGAGUCAGAGUGACGCAGCGCGGGGAGCAGUCAUUGGCUGCUGUCUGGUCAGAGAAGGGACAGGUAGAAAUAUUUGACCUCCGACCUCAGCUGGAGGCCGUCCACAGUUCUGCUGCUAUGGCAGCUUUCGUCAAACAGCAGAAGGAAGCCACAGCUCUCUUCAGUUUCUCAGGACACAUGACUGAAGGCUUUGCUAUUGAUUGGUCACCUACAGUACCUGGUCGUCUUGUCAGUGGAGACUGCAAAAAGAACAUCCAUGUGUGGGAGCCACGGGAGGGAGGGACUUCUUGGCAGAUUGACCAGCGACCUUUCAGCUCCCACAGCAAGUCUGUGGAGGAUGUGCAGUGGUCCCCGACUGAAGCUACAGUUUUUGCAUCUUGUUCGGUGGAUCAGUCUAUUCGUAUCUGGGACAUCCGUGCACCGCCCAAUUCAAUGCUCUCAGCCAAUGAAGCUCACUCAUCAGACAUCAACGUGAUCAGCUGGAACAGGAGCGAACCAUUCCUGCUGUCAGGAGGGGACGAUGGUCUUCUGAAAGUGUGGGAUCUGAGACAGUUUAAGACUGGGCGGCCCGUGGCGAACUUCAAGCAGCACAGCGCCCCCAUCACCUCGGUGGAGUGGAGCCCCGCCGACUCGAGUGUAUUCGCUGCCUCGGGAGCAGAUGAUGUCGUCAGCCAGUGGGAUCUGUCUGUGGAGUCAUGUGACGUGGGUGCCAGGGUGGAGGGGGUGAAAGACUUACCCCCUCAGCUACUGUUCCUGCACCAGGGUCAGUCAGAGAUCAAGGAGAUUCACUGGCACCCACAGAUACCUGGUGUGAUGAUCUCCACGGCUCUCUCAGGAUUCAACGUGUUCAGGACAAUAUCUGUGUAGUGUGCGUGUGUGUGUGCGUGCGUGCGUGCGUGUGUGUGUGUGUUUUAGAGAGAAACAGAUGAUUUUGCAUUUACAUGAGUAGUACACAUUUAAUGUGUGUAAUGAGCAGUAAAUCCAAAUAUGUUUCUUUUGUAAGGACCUUGUAAUAAUGUACAUAAUUUGGUGUUCAGGUAAUCAUUUUCUUUUUGACAUUUAUUUCCCAGUGUAGGCGCCAUAUGGUGUUAUAAUCUUUACCACCGGACUUUCAGUCUGUAUGUUUUACAGAUGUGUUGACUUUUUUAGGCAUUCCCUAGUGCAUGCUUAAAAUAAAAUGUUUAAAACCAUAGUUCUCGUUUGUACCUGAAUGAAGGUUUUCAAAGACAGAGGGUAAGCUGCUCUCUUUGUAUUUUACUUCUAAUGAAGCACAGUUACUUCAUGUCAAGAAGUGGCUGCAAAUAAAAAUCUGCUACUCCCUAUAUAACAGACACUCAGUUAUCUUUAUAGGAAGCAGUAAAUUGAGAUUUUGGUUCUCAUUUUGCAUUAUCAGUGGCAGGUACGAUGCUGCACCACUAUAAUUUUUACAUCUAUAAAAUAAAACAGAUUUACCUGAUACCGUUGGCAUAAAGUAGUGGAAAUGCAAUUGAUAUUACUCUUUUUUUGUCAGAUUGCAGGAAUAUUCUAGGGUACUGUAGAGUGUAAAUGUCAGUCAGAAUUUGGACACUUCAAUAAAA